GUGAAAGUACCAGAGCUCUCAUCAUCUCUUUCGAACCCUUCAAAUACGCAACAUCUCUUUGCUGUGGCUUGUAAUUUUCAUUUGUUUGGAAUUAAGUAAUUGUGUUUUUAAAUUGAUAUUACACAAUAUUCAUUGCUCUUUGAUCCCUUGAGGAAGUCUGGUUUCUUUUCUCUGUUGGCAUUUUUGAUCAUUUUACGUACUUCCCAUUACACUUUUGGACGGUUUGUUGCUCAGAAAUCAACAAAAAGUUUUACAAAGCAAGAACAAUUUAAUUUAAUUAAAUUGUCUUUCUGAGGAGAAGCAAGAACAUAGACAAUGGCUCAUAAUCAGAUACAUCACCAUAGUCAACACCAUCAUCAUCCUCACCAUCAGCGUCGCCACUCAUCUCAUCGUCACCAUCAUCACCAUCGUGGUGCACACAUUCCAGAGGAACAUGAGGAUAAGAGUACUUCAGAUGCCAGCAGUGGUCGCCAUCACAUUCAUGAGCAUUAUAACCAUCAUCACCCCCAAGCUGAUAGCCAUCAUCAUCAUCAUUAUCCACAAAAUCAGGAUAAACGUCACACACCGAAAAAGAAAACUCACUCUAAAGCUUCAGUCACUUCCUCAAACUCUUCUGGGUCUUCCUCUAGUUCCUUGUCAAAGUCUUCAUCAAGCUCAUCCAGUUCUGAUUCCUCUUCCUCCUCCAAUUCCUCUUCAUCUUCUUUCUCCAAAUCAUAUUUCUCCAAUUCUAGCUUUUCCUCUUCCUCUGGUUCAUGUUCUUCUUGGUCAUCUGAAAACAGUCUGGAAAAUGCCCCUUUGCCUACUGAGUCCAAGCGAGCUAUUCAACAUUCAAAGCACUCACAAUCAUGUAUGGAUAUCAGCAGAGGACGGAGAGCCUUUGAGGAUGAUGCAGAUACAAUGCCUUUAUUGGACGCUGAUGACCAACUGAAGAAGUCCACAAGCAUGGAAAAGAACCUGACUGUCAAAGAAAAAAGUGGAGGAACUGCCAAGAAGACUGCAACGAAUUCUCAACAGAAGAAUGAAAAGGGCAAUAAGGGGCAACAACACAAUCAUGCUAAAGGGGCUGCAAACAUAAGAAAGACCAAGUCUAUGGAGGUUCUGUCGAGGCAAACAGAUCAUGCUGGUGUUGGAGACUUGGAUGAGAAGGGGCGGGAAAAAAAGAAGCAAGAGGCUCAUAAGAACUUUGUGAAGGGGAAGAUGAAGUUUUCUGCCUUUCUGAAUGAAAUCACAAGGCAGGUGCUUAGCCCAUCAAGACUUACAUCCCUUGGGGUAACAGAUGUUCAUAGGCCCUUGAGCCCUGGUCAAACUUCAACAUCUCCAAAGACAUUGUCUCCAAAGCCUGAACAUAAAAGAGAAAAGACAUCAAAAAUGACCAGAAGCCGGCUGGGAAGCAGUGCCAGCUCCAUAACAUCAACUGUUAAUUCCCAUGUCAGCAAAUACUCGCACUCCAGUAAGCAUUCUCAUUCAAGUAAGCACUCCCAUUCCAGACGGCACUCACAUUCAAGCAAGACCUCCCGCUCCAACAAGCAUUCACAUCCUGAAAGGGACCUCAUCUAUCAACAACAGCACCAGGCUGUUCCCAGGCAUCGAUGUGACAGUACAAAAAGUGAUACAAGCUGUACUAGUUCUUCUUCAAAAGGUCUUUCAUCUGGGACUGAACAUGGCCACAAAAGUCAGAAAAAGCACCAAAUUGCCCCCAAAGAACAGCAUUUGAAUUCACCGAAUCAUCGAACUUCACACCACAAAUCGUCUCCAUCACACCACCAUUACAACAGAGAUUAUCAUAGCCCACCUUCAUGUCCUUGUUCUCCAGAAUCAGAAAACUGCCAUCAUCAUGCCCAUCCAGAAUCGCAUCACCAUCAUUCCCAUCGAGAAUCUCAUCACCAUCAUGCCCAUCGAGAAUCCCAAUGCCAUCAUGUUCAUCGAGAAUCGCAUCACCAUCAUGCCCAUCCAGAAUCUCAUGACCAUCAAGCCCAUCAAGAAUCUCAACACCAUCAUGCCCAUCCAGAAUCUCAUGACUAUCAAGCCCAUCCAGAAUCUCAACACCAUCAUGCCCAUCGAAAAUCCCAACGCCAUCAUGUUCAUCGAGAAUCGCAUCACCAUCAUGCCCAUCAAGAAUCUCAACACCAUCAUGCCCAUCCAGAAUCUCAACACCAUCAUGUCCAUCGAGAAUCACAUCACCAUCAUUCCCAUCCAGAAUCCCAACACCAUCAUACCCAUCCAGAAUCUCAUGACCAUCAAGCCCAUCAAGAAUCUCAACACCAUCAUUCACCAUCACAUCACCACCAUGGAACUCAUCGUAGCCCAUCACCACACCAUCACUCUCUUCAUUCAGAUUCCCACCACCGUUCACCUUCUCCAACACAUUACCAUCAUGGAUCUUACCGCAGUUCAACACAUUCUUCUAAAUCAGGGACUCACCAUCAUCCAGAAGCUCACUGCUAUCCUUCUCACGUGGAAUCACACCACCAUCAUCAUUCACUGUCACCACCACAUCACCACCAUGGAAGCCACCACACCUCAUCUUCACACCAUCAUUCCACCCAUUCAGAAACUUCCCACCAUCAUUCCCAUCCAAAAUCUCAUCACUAUGACUCGCCUCCUCCUCCUCUCCACCACCAUGGAGAACACCAUGGUAGUAUAUCUCAUCUUUCUACAGACUCAGAAACACACCAUCAGUUUGGUGUGAAAUCGCAACACCAUUAUUCUGACUUUGAAUCCUCUCAUCCCAAGUCUCACCAUCACCAUCAUCAUUCCCAUCCUAAUCACUCACCCAACCCUGAUCAUCACCAUCACACUUCAGAUUCAGAACCAGAGCACCAUAAUUUCCACGAUGAUUGCCACUCUGAAACUCACCAAUACUCUCAUUCCCAUGAUGCAUCCCCUACAACUGAACACCAUUAUCAUUCCUCUCAUACUGACACUGACCAUAAUCCUCAUCACCAUCACUUGUCUGACAGUCAGCCAAAAAGCCCUGUACACUCUAAUUCACCCCAUCCUUAUGAAAAUCAUCCCAACUCACAUUCAGAGUCCACAAAUCAUGGCACGUCACAUUCUAAAGGACACCUUUCCAAUUUGGACUUCCAUCAUCAAAGUGAUCAUAAUUCUCCAGAACCUCACCAUUUUCACUCAGGAAGUCAUGAUAACCCCCCUGUUGAAUCAGAUCAUUACCAUCACCACAAGUCUCAGGAAUCCCACCAUUAUUCCCAUUCAAAUGCCCAUCACCAAUCCAAUCCAGAGACUACCAAUCCUCCACAUCAUGAGCAUUCAAAAUCUCAUCAUAAUUCCCAACCAGUGGAGUCCCACCAUCAUCAUUCCAAAGAUCACCAUCAUGACCAUGACCAUCCAGAAUUGCAGAAUCAGCAUUCCCAUUCAGGACACCACCACUUUCAUUCAGAAUCAAACCACUAUCAUUCCCACGUCAAAGAGGAUCAUCACAAUGAUGAUCACCCAAGCCAUCUUCGCCACUCUCCAGUGGGCCAGCGGUCUACUUCUCCACAUUCUAACAAGUCAGAUUCAUCUGCAAGCUCCACUAUCCAGGACGAUCAAUCUACAGUGAGCUACCAAGAGUCAUCCUCAUUCCCAAAGGAAAAGGAUUCAGAAUUGGAGAGGUUAAUGAUGCUACAGGAGCAGAAUGAGGCUCUCCACCACAGCUUGCUGCAGACCACUUUGCAAAUGAAAUGCAUGGGAGCUGAGUUCAAAACCGGACACCAGCUCCUUGAAUCUGAGUUACAAAGAACUCGCAUUGAGCUUAGCAGCUUAAUAGAGCGGUUCACAAGACUUCAGGACAACUACUCCUGCACACAACAAACCAACCACCUUCUGGAGAAAAAACUGCAUUGUGUGUCUCAAAGUACGGAUGGAGAGCGAGAGCGACUGAACGAGCGAAUCUCAGAGCUCACAGAACAUCUGUCUGCAGCGAAGACCACCAUCCACAGUCUAGAGAACAUUAAUGUCACAUCAAUGCUACAGGAUGCCCUGGUGAAGCAUCUGAAGUCUGACGAUCCCAUAACUCCACUUCCACUCGCACCUCCUCCAGCUCCGUUCAUGGACAGCGACCGUUAUGAGAAAGCCUCCAUGCAUGCCGAUGACCAGUCGCUGGGAACCCUCCCAGAGGAGGAGGAAUCCGACUGGUCAGAAAUGGGAGAGGAGGCUCUAGACUCGGACCCGAGGGGGAGUCGUGGAAGUGCAGUGUAUUUCCAGUGGCAGCAGAGGCAAGGCGGCUGGGGACUGAUGGACACGGAGAACGAGUCUGGAGGCGAGGAGAGCAAAUGUCAUCAAGCUCACCACGGCCUACAGAUACCACAUCUCAAGUUCACCGUCCACCCCGAAACCCUGCCGGUUCCCAUCGAGGAUGCCAGCCUGGCCCGCUUCAAGCAGAGUCUCGGAGGUCCAGCAUGCGACGUGUACCGGAUCACAGAGGUGCACAACCUGGGCUCCCCCAUUCGCAUGCUGUCCUCUAGCCUGGAGGAGAUCCACUCCAUCCGGCUUCUGAAGCAGCAGCAGGAUCAUCACAGCCAGCUGAGGAGCAAUAAAUCCAUGAUGGACCUGCACCUGUCACAGUCUGGCUCGCACGCAGACGAGGUUGUGUGUAACUGGAGAGAAGCUGGAGAGGACAGAAGCGGGAUGCUUGGUCUGGAGUCUGCUCAGAAAAUGCUCGACCACUUUAUUCACGAUGGGGAGAGCACACACCUGUGAUUAACGGGGAAUGCUCGUUAUAUGUCAAAAAUAUUAGUGAUGAAGUACAGGCUAACCAUCUUGGCAACUUGCAUUUUAUCACUGAUGCAAGAAAGAAAACAGAGAGGGGAAAUCAUAACGUGCUUAUUUUGAAUUAAAGAUAAAUUUGUCCUAAUUUAAUUUUUAAUGUUAUGGAAAAUCUUUGCAAUCUUUCACCAACAUGUAGUAACUUGCUCUGCCUCUAAACAACGUCUUUCACUGGCAUCACUUCACUUCAUCAAUCAUAGCCAAAUAGCUAUAGUUUUAGGCUACUCUAUAGAAGAAACCGUAUGAUAUUUAAUGUAGCGGUUUAAUGCUGGUUGAUGCUUGUUAGGAAAAAAAUAGAUUUGAAAAAAAAAAAAGUCUGUAAAAUGGUCGGUUCUGUUCAGGAUCAUAGUGAAAGAUAUUUGUCUCCCGGGACACAAGAUGAUCUCAUAGUUUUUAUGUAGUUCUUGGGUUUGGUAUAAAGACAAAACACUGCUAUUUUCAUCAAAUAAUGAACAAAAGCUACUAAAACCGGCUCAUUAGAUAUUUAUUCAUGUUUAUUUAAUAUUCAUUUGAAUUCUAAUGCCGCACAUGCUAAUGUGUGUUUAAUUCUUCUAAUACUAUUACUUCUUCAUUUUACUCUUUACAGUAUUUCUAUAUUAGCUUUAAAAGACUAUAUAUAUCUUCAUGUGUAGUUUUUUAUUUAUUUGUGAAAGAUUAUAGGAAAAAACAUUAGCCGUGUGAUAUAUAUACGUAGUUCAUCCCAUAUGUUUUCUCACUAGAAAAAUGUGAAUGCACAUUUAAAAUGUAAUAAUUGUCUAUCUGUAUGUAAUAAAUGUGGUUAUGCGGAUGACAGUUUAAUAGAAGAUUACAGAAAAAGCACAUUGCAUUCUUUUGACAAACUCAGGAUGCUGUAGAAUGUCAUGUUGAUUUUGAAUUAUUAUUAUUAUUAAUUUUAGUGGUACGCCAGCUUGUGCAAUGCAUCUUUCUUGCUGUUGACGUUUGUA